AUGACGAACGCGACAACAACAACCUCUACAACCAAUGCUACAGCUAUGGGUAAUGGAAAUAAAAAAGCACAUGCGAAUUCGUUAUCGGCUGACGACUUACACAAAUAUUCUACAAAACCAACUACUAGAGAUGUAUCAAAAUGGUCAUCACUUGAAGUCCAACAUUGGAUCAGACACCAAUGUAAAAAAUUCGAAUUAAAUAAGGCUAUAACUGAACAGUUCGAACUGAAUGGUCAAGCUCUAAUGUUACUUAGCAAACAUGAUUUUAUUAGACGUGCACCAAAUGGAGGAGAAGUACUCUACUAUGCAUUACAACGACUCAUUAAUCCAAAUAAAGAAACAAAUUCAGCUGGUAAUAAUGCCAGUACAUUACGAGCUGAAUUAUCCGAUCAACAAUCUCGGAUAGUGGAAGUUAACAAUGAUCAGGACACAGUCUAUGAUACAGCAGAUUCAUCAUCAACAAGGCCUAUUGUCGAAGAACCUGAUGAUCCACCAUUACUUCGAAAAUCACAAUCAGCUACAAAUCAUGAUGCUGACCAACAUGACCAUAAUAAUCAUCGAUACUUUUAUAGUCAAGGAAAUUUUCGUCCAACUGUUUUUGCCAUGCCUGCCGGUGCAGCUGCCGCUUAUUUUCAACAACAACAACAGCAGCGAUUUCCAAAUGGUUUUAUGUAUGCACAUCCUCCUCCACAUUACCAUGUGCAUCCUCCACCAAUUAUUCAUCCACAUCUAUUACCACAAUAUUAUCCAAUGAUGUCUGCUCAAGGAAUUCUAGUCGAAAUAAUGGAUGAUGCAGAGCCUGAUGCUUUCAUUCCAAAUGGACCAAUGAAUGGUGGUGCUUCAGAUCCGGGACUCUUUAUGGUUACAAUUAGUGGACAACGAUAUAUCAUGAACGAAGCACAAGUCAUGCAAUUGGUUGGUGAAGUUUAUCAACAACAAGGUUAUCAAGGAAAUCAACAACAACAAUUUCAACAGCAACAACAACAACAACAACAGUUCCGACAGCAUCAACAACAUAUGCGACAACAGCAACAACAACGAGGUUAUCCACAGCAAUAUCAAUUUUAG